AUGGGCACUGCCGUUGGCUACAUCCUCGUGGGAUAUCUAUCAGAUAUCCUGGGCCGACGCUGGACCAUGAUCGUUUUCAAUACAUUCGGUUUGAUCGGAGGAAUCGUUGCGUGCACCGCAAAUACCCUUGAUACUCUGGCUGGAGCCAAUGCUCUUAUCGGGACAGCUGCUGGCGCCCAAUUCACUUUCAUGGUAGUGGCGACAGAAUUGCUACCUAACCGACACAAAAUUGUCGGCAUGGGCCUUGUCACUGUGAUUGCACUCCCUGCCCAAGGUCUCGGCGCGUAUUUCGGUAAUUCGAUCGUCGUACAUCUUAACUGGCGGUGGAUUUAUUACGUGUAUAUCAUUGUCCUCGGUGUCGCUAUCAUCCUCUACCUCGUGUUUUAUUUCCCCAAAGAAUUGGCAGUCGAACUUUCGCUCAGGCAGAAACUGAGAAAGAUUGACUACGGUGGUGCUUUCCUGGUGACGGCCGGCUUGGUCCUUUUCAUUCUUGGUAUCCAGAUGGGCGGCAACACGUAUCCAUGGAAGUCCGGAACGGUUCUCGGGUUGCUCAUUUCUGGUGGGCUGGUUUUGAUCGCGUUUGUCGUCUAUGAAAUUUAUGUGGCCCAGGCGAAGCCCCUUCUGCCCAAGAGCUCCUUCAAAGACAUACGAGGAUACAGCAUGGUAAUCAUCUGCUCAAGCGUCGGUGGCAUUGCUUACAUCGGUCUAUCCAUCAUCUGGCCCACACAGGCUGCUACGAUAUACAGAACACCGACAACGUCAUGGCAAGAGACAGCGUGGCUAUCGACCACCCUCGGAAUUUCGGUCUGGGGUGGAAUGGUCUUCUUGGGGCCGUUAUGGGGGGUCAUCAAACACGUCAAGUGGCAGCUUGUCUUGCUAUCCGCGUGGAUGACCGCAUUUACUGGUGCUCUGGCGAACUGCAAUAGGCACAAUCGAGGGUUCGGUAUUGCCUGCUCUUUCCUCGCAGGUCUUCCGAUUGGAGUGAUCGAACAACAAACUGCCGCGCUGGUGCAACUGCUCGCCCCAAAUGACGGAGAGCUGGGAUCGGCCUUCUCGUUCCUGGCUGGUACUCGCACAGCAGUUGGCGCCAUCGGAACAGCGAUUCUGUUGGCGAUCCUGAAUAAUAAGCUCCCUGGGGAGCUGGAGAGCCAUGUCGUUCCCGCCGCACUCCAAGCUGGUCUCCCUCAGAGCUCUCUUCCUGACCUCUUCGCCGCCAUCGCCACUGGCUCCUCAAGUGCCCUGGAGCAGGUUCCGGGAAUCAGCCCCGCCAUCUUGACCACGGUGAUGAAUGCCGUCCUUGAUGGAGAGUCAGCAGCUUAUGCCUAUGUGUAUUAUGCUGCGCUCGCAUUUGGUCUGGUUUCGACGAUUGCUGCCCUCGUCAUGCGUGAUAUGGACACCCUCCUCACCUCCCACGUUCCCAAGAGAAUUAUGGGCAGGAACGAAUUGAAAGCGGGAAGAGAAGAUCGAGUGGUGAAUGCCGGGGCAUGA